UUAGUUAUUGCCCAGCCUUGCAGAAUAUGUAAACGACAAUUGACUUUUGCUAUAUCCCUUCUCAACGAUCAAUUGCUCGGAGUCAGUUUGAAGUUGAUUUCUCAACAAAAGAAACUUUUAUAUUUUUCAUGCUACUUUGUAUCAUCCACAAACUCGUUCACUUGGAAAAGUAUUUAACAAAGAAAAGAUUUUCAGAGCGGGCAAACAGACGGAUGUUUUUGCGAAAAGAUCAGAUUGUUUCGCACAUUUCUGUUGCGAAACAGUGAACACUAUGAAGGCAGUUUCCGCGUUUUCAUAAGCGGUCGUACAAUUUACAAAUAAUCGCGCGACUUAUGGCUAUCGUUCGAGUCUCAUUCGAUGCUUAGUUUCAUCGUUGAGACAAUAUAUUUAGCCAGAUGAGAAGUAUCAGCUUUCCCCCCCCCCCUUUCUCUCUCUCGUUGUACGGCGUUGCCGCGUGUAUGUCUUAUCUACAUUUGAAUAGGUAAUGUUAUUCGUUAGUUGCAAUGUAUUAAUUCAUCAAUCACGCCGCUAUUGCGUGUGCGCGCUCAUCUACACAGAUCGUUAACUUUUUAACCUUUUUAAGGAUAUAAGUCUGGCUUAUUGCGAGUCGGUUUUCAACAUAUUUUUCUUUUUUCAUUUUUUUAGCCCUUUAAUAACGCAAGAUUUCCUCGCACAUAAUCUUGAAACUGAGUUAAAGGGCUUCUUUUUCCGAGCCGUCAUAGUACGGUGCCAUGAAUGAAAGUGAAAUUACGUAAGCGGCUGCGGCGCCGUGAUGGUCAAGCGGUGACAUCACUUUCGCUGACGCAACUCUCGUUAUCAUCAAUUAUGAAUACUAGAAUUAUUCAAAUACGUUCGGUCUAUUUUGACUGGUAAUGAAAAGUUAAUUAAAAAUCAUUUGAUGAAGAACGAUGUUUCUUGAAUGCACAUGAGAAUCUGGAUAUGCUUCUUUCGGUUCUGCACGGAGAAAAUAAUUGGUUGAAUUGACAUGACAAUGAAUGAACUUGUUUGAAUUGAAAGAGACUUUCUUACAAAUCAAAUUCGGUUAUAAAAACCAAAACGAUCCUUCAGCUAAAACGUGUUUAGUUGAUCCAUCGUCACAUUGAUUCAAUCGACGUUUCCACUAUAACUUCGCCUCUCCUAGCGUAUUUGAUGAAAAUCACCUAGUUACUUCCCUGAAAGCUCAGUAACUAACACGGUAGCAGUUUUUAAUCGAACACUGCACGAGACAUUAUUUAAUUAGUAUCUAGGAGAUUCGCAGCAAGAACUUUGGCCGAUUAGCUGAAACGCUUUCGCGAUUACCCAUCCUCAAGAUUUCCGAUUCUCCUCGUUAACUCACGCUCGUCGAGAUAACUUCUCGUCCGUCGACUCAUUCUCUUUUCCGCAUAGAUACAUCGCGACACGUACAUAUUAGAGCGCACACUCGUUAUUUUGUUGUGUGCAAUAAUUACGUGAUUCCGAUCUGUAUGGGAUCUGUGGGAUCAAGUUGCUCUCAAAUAAGCAACUCGCUCACUCGCCUUGGUGCAAGCCGCAUUCCCGGAGAAAUCUUAAUUGCAACGUUCGGAAGGAGUUGCUCAUACGUGUGCACAGAAAGUGCGUCUUGUAAAACUUUGCCGAACGUCCUUCCGAUCGCCGCAAUACCGUUGCUGCGCGAAAGAGAUAUAAUUUGCGCUCAGUGACGCCGGUAGUUUCUUCCUUUUCCCUCCUUUUGCAAACUGAGAUAACGAUUUUUGAGUCAUCAUCAUAAAUGAUAAAAUAUAUGCUGCCCACAAGAAGAAGGAAGUGCAUGUUGCUAGAGAAGCCAGUCGGUAAUGAACACAAACGAACGACUUGUAGGCCGGUAUUUUCGCACAGGAACGAUACUUGUGUCCGUGAUAUAAAUUCCGUUACUGAGUCACUUGAGUAUCAUCAUUUUCGCAUUAAAACCGAUGAAGUAAUCGAAUUACGGUGACGAUAUAAUUGGAGCAACGUACAAUCGUCAUUGAGUGAUUCGCGCAACAUUGAUUUCAUACAGACGAGCGCGCAAGUUUCUCGUGGUUUUCUGUAAAUGUAUCUAUCUUUGAUUUGCGCGGUCGAGAUGCAAAAUUUACAGAAUAAAAUCAAAUUUUCGGCCAACAACGCGAAGUAUAUUUAUAUGUCGUAUAUGAAUGUAGAACGUGACGGCGUAAUUACACAUGCAAGAAUCUUACGUUGCGACAACAUUCGCAACGUGUAAUCUCGGUAAUAUACUGCGUUUUUUCUAAUCAUUGAUUAUAUUCUCGCCGCACCGAUUGAAAUCUUCCGACAUGGAAAAUCGAUCGGAUUAUGCAGGCUCCAAAUACGGCGGGCAAAGUAUUUCUUGGAACUCGAGUAGGUUUUAAUGUCUCUGUUAACCGGUGUAUAAUUUUCACGUUUACCUUGCUGGAUAUUGGUCGCGCAUGAUUUGUAUAUGAAACGCUAUUCCUCUUCUUUCUUGAUUGAUUUCUAAAUAAACCGAAAGAAGUUAAGAAUAAGAUUUCAUUGAAUUUUGCGAUAAACCCUUUCUCUUCUUCUCACCUUGACUAUAUGCGAUUAUAUAUCACCGAUUAAUUUAUGGGAACGCACGCAAAAGUAGGUGACUCCUACUGACGCCGGUGUCACCGAUGACGGCAUGGCCGACCGUUGCAGUUAUGUCCUUGGAAGUUACUCUUAGAACGCAACUUCCUACCUCUCAGACGCUUUUCUUCCUUCCUCCUCAUCGGUGAGCUUUUAGUUGUUCAGCGAGCUCACGUGCGACACAUCGAUGUAUCCAGUUUUUCGCUCGUAUCCGGUGCACCCGGAUCGCCGCCGGAUGUCUUACAGAUUCUACGAUCGUUAUCGGCUCUUCAACGACCGGAGCACCCGAGCGUUUCCCUACAGAUUCUACUGGGAAGACUUUGGCGUGCCAGUAUUGACAAUUUACCACGUGGAUCCUUGCGUGGAAGAGAACGGCGAGAAACAUCGGACAUGUAGAUAUGAGCUAAUGACACGUCAGGCUGACAGAGUGAGAUUGGUCGUCAGACGCGGCCAGGAGUUCCAUCUGCAUCUCAGUUUGUCACGAGAUUAUGAUCCCUCCAUCGACGGUAUCUCUAUUGUCUUCACCCUGGACGGCGUCGAGAAGCCACAAUACGGACACGGCACACUGGUGGCGACCGCUCUACUCAAUCCGGGUGAAAUUUCCGAAGCUGCCUGGCAGGCCACCAUAGACGCCAUAGAACCGAAUUUCUUAAGAAUCAAGAUUGUGCCGUCCGCAAAUGCAAUCAUUGGCAAGUGGAAAAUGGAGAUUGACACGAGGAACAGAGAAUCCGAAGGUGCAGUCAGUUUCACGACGCAGAAUCCGUUUUACCUGAUUUGCAAUCCAUGGUGCAAAGACGACGCGGUCUACUUGGAGGAUGAGGCUGGACGUCAGGAAUAUGUGAUGGCGGAGGACGGCUUGAUCUGGCGCGGCAGUCACAACCGUAUGCGGCCUACCGUGUGGAAAUACGCGCAGUUUGAGCGCGACAUUUUGGACUGCUCUUUGCAUUUGAUGAAUCAGGUCGGCAAGGUUCGAGUCUCCGGCAGGAAUGACCCGGUCGUUAUAACGCGCUGCCUGUCCGCCGCGGUAAAUUCCCCGGACGAUAACGGGGCGGUGAUGGGAAAUUGGUCGGACGAUUAUGGAGGCGGCACGCCACCCACGCGGUGGAUAGGUUCGCAAAAGAUACUCCAGCAGUACUACAAGAGCAAGAAACCGGUCAAAUACGGUCAGUGCUGGGUUUUCUCCGGCGUACUGGCGACGGUCUGCCGCGCUCUGGGCAUACCCUGCCGAGUAGUGACCAACUAUUCCAGCGCUCAUGAUACCCAAAGCAGCCUGACCGUCGACUAUUUCGUGGAUGCCGAGGGCAAGGUCAUGGAGGAGCUCAACAGCGAUUCCAUAUGGAAUUUCCAUGUAUGGGACGAAGUGUGGAUGAAGCGGCUGGACCUCUCGCCUGACUGUUCGGGCUGGCAGGCGAUAGACGCAACACCGCAAGAAUUGAGUGAAGGCGCGUUCCGUUGUGGCCCGGCAUCUGUGAAUGCCGUAAAGAAGGGGCAAGUUCUGCGACCUUACGACAACGCAUUCCUUUUCGCUGAGGUGAACGCCGACAAGGUUUAUUGGCGGUACAACGGGCCGACGCAGCCUUUGAAAUUGGUUCGCAAAGAUAUGUAUGGCAUUGGCCAACUGAUUAGUACAAAAGCGGUCGGACGAUGGGCGAGAGAGGACAUCACGCACACUUACAAGUAUCCGGAGAAAUCUAAUGAGGAACGGGCGGCUAUGCUGAAGGCGUUGCGUCAAAGUGAGUCUUUGUUCAGUCGUUACUACCUGAACGAGGAGUUCAACGACAUCAUGUUCACUUUUGAAUUGCGCGACGACAUUGUUAUUGGACAACCAUUCAGCGUGGUAUUACUGAUAAAAAAUCGACAUUCACUGAGAGAGUACCGUGUGUCGGUGAUUCUGAGAGUGGAAACUGUCCUCUACACGGGUCGCGUGGGUGACCCGGUAAAAAAAUUGAACGCUGAGAAAUUGGUGAAUCCGGGUGUGCUCGAGGAAAUUCGCAUGGAUGUUUCAUGGGAGGAAUACGGUCCACGAUUGUUAGAUCAGUGCGCCUUCAAUAUUGCCUGCCUCGCUACCGUGAAGGACACAAAUUUCGAAUAUUUUGCACAGGAUGACUUCCGCGUCAGGAAACCCGAUAUCAAAAUCAUGUUGCACAAUGACGCGAUAGUUGGUCAGACUCUCAACGGGACGGCUAAGUUUCGUAAUCCGUUGCCGAUUCCUCUGAGAAAGGGCAGAUUCCUUAUAGAGGGACCCGGACUAGAUGUGCAAUUGAAGCUGAAGCUGACGGAGCCCGUUGAGGUGGACGAAGAUGCGGAAUGUACGUUUUCCAUGAUACCGAAGCUAGAAGGACGGGCUAGAAUAGCGGCUAAGUUCUAUUCGAAGGAAUUGGAGGACGUCGACGGCCAUUCAGACAAUUUUAUAGUUAGACCAGCGAAAAUAAACGGUAACUCUGAGUAAUCGCGAUGCUUUUUAAAACAAUGUCUUAAAAAAGAAUGAUUCAGUGUACUCCGAUACUUUCGCUAUUGAUAUUUAUAAUCAUAUUAAUUAAUGUAAUAAUAGCGAUCCAGUGAGUCACAAAAUUAAAAUAACGCAAACAAUAACAUUGCAAGUGUAAUUUAACAAAUCAAGUAUUAUUUAUGCCGAAAAUUUGUCUUGAGCUAUUGAAGAUAUCGAAUUCCAGAAAGUGUGAAGCAAUACUGAGAUUUAAAUCUGUAAUACUCGAAUCUUAUCAAAUCUCAGAAAAUACUUAACCAAAAGGAGUUUUAGAAAGAGUGGUAUUUUCGAAAAGUUCUCGAUGUCAGCUACAAGA